CGCCUGCAGGAGGUGCGCCCUCCGUGGAGUACUGCGCAGAUGCACGGUCGGGAAUGUUGACCUAGGAGCGGGUGCACGCGCGCGCGACGCGGAGAGCCCUCUGUCAGAGCCGGGCAACACGUGCGAGGCACUGCGCAGACGCUGAAGCCGCAGCUUAGGCGAGGUUGAGCCGGCCGGGAGCAAACCCCGGGCACCUGCAGGGGCGGCCCACUGCGCACGCGCGAUCCGCCGCGCCCCCUGGAGGAGCCGGAGCUUCCUGGUGCCAGAGAGUCAUGCCUGUGAGCCCCAGGUUCCUCCAGAUGUCCCUCGAGAUCUCAUCGUUCCUGCUCCCUAGGGCUACUGCUUCUCUCCGGGGACCCACUGGCUCCACCCCAGAGUUGUGUGUGUAGCACUGCUGCCGCCAGGCCACUUCACCUGUAACCUUGGAGCAACACCUUCAGCCAGCCUUGCCUGGGACUAAGUCCCCUUCCCUCGUCAGCCCAAAGAGCAAUCAGGGCUCUACGUCCCGUGGGAAGUCCAAGGAAAACCCUCCUCCGUCCAGGUCUCGUAAGCUCUCAGGAGCCCUGCUGCUCCCUUCCUUCCCUUCCUGGGGUCUUCACAUCUGGACCUCCUGCGGGUCUUCACAUCUGGACCUCCUUGCCUUCAAUUGCUGAAUGGGAUCCUCCUGACUGGGCGUUGCCAGCCUUACCUGAACUUACUCGGACCACCUACUUUUCCAGUUUUCCAUCUUUGAGCCCUUGGUUGGUGUUGGCCCUGUGCCUGCAGGAAGAUGGCAGUGCUGCGGCAGCUGGCGCUCCUACUCUGGAAGAACUAUACUCUGAAGAAGCGGAAAGUUCUAGUGACAGUCUUGGAACUGUUCCUGCCCCUGCUGUUUUCCGGGAUCCUGAUUUGGCUUCGCUUGAAAAUUCAGUCAGAGAAUGUGCCCAAUGCCACAGUUUACCAAGGCCAGUCCAUCCAGCAGCUGCCUCUGUUCUUCACAUUCCAUCCACCUGGCGGGAGCUGGGAGCUCGCCUUCAUCCCUUCCCACAGUGAUGCUGCCAGGACCAUCACGGAGACCGUGCAAAGGGAGCUAGUGAUCAGCAUGAAAGUGCGUGGCUUUUCCUCUGAGAAGGACUUUGAGGACUACAUUCGGUACGACAACUGCUCCUCCAACGUGUUGGCCGCUGUGGUAUUUGAGCACACCUUCAACCACAGCAAGGACCCCCUGCCGCUGGCGGUAAAAUACCACCUACGCUUCAGUUACACGCGAAGAAAUUACAUGUGGACGCAAACAGGAAAUGUUUUCCUAAGAGAGAAUGAAGGCUGGCACACCACUUCUCUUUUCCCACUUUUCCCAAGCCCAGGGCCAAGGGAACCAUCAUCACCUGAUGGCGGUGAGCCAGGGUACAUCCGUGAGGGCUUCCUGGCAGUGCAACAUGCUGUAGACAAAGCCAUCAUGCAUUACCAUGCCAACGCCUCUGCGCACCAGCUGUUCCAGAAGCUCAGUGUGAUCACCAAGAGGUUCCCGUUCCCACCGUACAUCUCUGACCCAUUCCUCAUCGCCAUCCAGUACCAGCUUCCUCUGCUGCUCAUGCUGAGCUUCACCUACACCUCCCUCAGCAUCAUCCGGGCAGUGGUGCAGGAGAAAGAGAAAAAGCUGAAGGAGUACAUGCGCAUGAUGGGGCUCAGCAGCUGGCUGCACUGGAGUGCGUGGUUCCUCAUGUUCUUCCUGUUCUUCCUCAUCAUGGUCUCUUUCAUGACCCUGCUGUUCUGUGUCAAAGUGAAGAAGGACAUAGCAGUCCUUUCGAACAGUGACCCCUCCCUGGUGCUGCUCUUCCUGCUCUGUUUUGCAAUCUCCUCCAUCUCCUUCAGCUUCAUGGUCAGUACCUUCUUCAGUAAAGCCAACAUAGCAGCUGCCGUGGGUGGCUUCCUGUACUACUUCACCUUCAUCCCCUACUUUUUCGUGGCUCCUCGGUACAACUGGAUGACCCUGAGCCAAAAGCUUUUAUCCUGUCUCCUAUCUAAUGUUGCCAUGGCAAUGGGAGCCCAGCUCAUAGGAAAAUUUGAAGCCAAAGGCACUGGCAUCCAGUGGCGUGACCUCCUGAACCCUGUCAACGUGGAUGACGAUUUCUGCUUUGGACAAGUGCUGGGGAUGCUGCUGCUGGACUCGGUGCUCUACGGCCUGGUGACCUGGUACGUGGAGGCUGUCUUCCCAGGCCAGUUUGGCGUGCCCCAGCCCUGGUACUUCUUCCUUAUGCCCUCCUACUGGUGCGGGAACCCAAGGACUGUCGUAGGGAAAGAAGAAGAAGUCAGUGACCCCGAAAAGGCUCUCAGAACUGAGUACUUUGAAGCCGAGCCGGAGGACCUGGUAGCUGGGAUCAAAAUCAAGCAUCUGUCUAAGGUGUUCCAAGUGGGUAAUAAGGACAAGGUGGGCAUCAGAGACCUGAACCUGAACCUGUAUGAAGGACAGAUAACAGUCCUACUGGGCCACAACGGUGCUGGCAAGACCACGGCCAUGUCCAUGCUAACAGGUCUCUUUCCCCCUACCAGUGGACAUGCAUAUAUUCAUGGGUAUGAAAUUUCCCAAGACAUGGCUCAAAUCCGAAAGAGUUUGGGCCUGUGUCCCCAGCACGAUGUCCUGUUUGACAACCUGACAGUUGCAGAACACCUCUACUUCUAUGCACAGUUGAAAGGCCUCUCUCUCCAGAAGUGUCCUGAAGAAGUCAAGCAGAUGCUGCACAUCCUUAGUCUGGAGGACAAGCGAGACUUGCGGUCCAAAUUCCUGAGUGGGGGGAUGAAGCGCAAGCUCUCCAUUGGCAUCGCCCUCAUAGCCGGUUCCAAGGUAUUGAUGUUAGACGAGCCUACCUCGGGCAUGGAUGCAGUGUCCAGGAGGGCCAUCUGGGACCUUCUUCAGCAGCAGAAGAGCGACCGCACCAUCCUGCUGACCACUCACUUCAUGGACGAAGCUGACCUGCUGGGGGACCGCAUUGCCAUCAUGGCCAAGGGGGAGCUACAGUGCUGUGGGUCAUCACUGUUCCUCAAGCAGAAAUAUGGAGCUGGCUACCAUAUGACGCUGGUGAAAGAGCCACACUGCAAUCCCGAAAGUAUCUCUCAGCUAGUACACCACCAUGUCCCCAAUGCCAUGCUGGAGAGCCAUGCUGGGGCCGAGCUGUCCUUUAUUCUUCCCAAGGAAAGCACACACAGGUUUGAAAGUCUGUUUGCUAAACUGGAGAAGAAGCAGAAGGAAUUGGGCAUCGCCAGCUUCGGAGCCUCUGUCACCACCAUGGAGGAAGUCUUCCUUCGGGUUGGUAAGCUGGUAGACACCAGCAUGGACAUUCAAGCCAUCCAGCUCCCUGCGCUGCAGUACCAGCAUGAGAGGCGGGCAAGUGACUGGGCUUUGGAUAGUAACUUAUGCGGAGUGAUGGACCCAACGAACGGCAUUGGAGCCCUCAUAGAGGAAGAAGAAGCCAUGCUCAAGCUCAACACAGGGCUUGCCCUCCACUGCCAGCAGUUCUGGGCCAUGUUCCUGAAGAAGGCUGUAUACAGCUGGCGGGAAUGGAAGAUGGUAGCGGCUCAGGUCCUGGUCCCCCUGACCUGUAUCACCCUGGCCCUCCUGGCUAUCAACUACACCUCAGAGAUCCUCGAUGACCCUCUCCUGAAGCUGGGCCUGGACGAGUAUGGCAGAACAGUUGUGCCCUUCUCAGCCUCCAGCAGCUCUCAGCUGCACCAGCAGUUGUCUGAGCAUCUAAAAGACAUGCUGCAGGCUGAGGGCCAGGAGCACCGUGAAGUGCUGGGUGACCUGGAGGAGUUCCUGGUUUUCAGGGCCUCAGUGGAAGGGGGCGGCUUUAAUGAGCGGUGUCUGGUAGCAACAUCCUUCAAAGAUGUAGGAGAGCAGACAGUGGUCACUGCCUUGUUCAACAACCAGGCAUACCACUCCCCAGCCACCGCCCUGGCCAUCGUGGACAAUCUUCUGUUCAAGCUGCUGUGUGGCCCUCGGGCCUCCAUUGAGAUCUCCAACUAUCCCCAGCCUCGGAGCACCCUGCAAGUUGCCAAGGACCAGUUCAAUGAGGGCCGGAAGGGAUUUGACAUCGCCCUCAAUUUGCUCAUUGCCAUGGCGUUUCUGGCCAGCACGUUUUCUGUCCUGGCAGUCAGUGAGAGGGCUGUCCAGGCCAAGCACAUUCAGUUUGUGAGCGGUGUCCGUGUGGCUACUUUCUGGCUUUCCGCUCUGCUGUGGGACCUCAUCUCCUUCCUCAUUCCCAGUCUGCUACUUCUGGUGGUGUUCCAAGCCUUCGAUGUGCAAGCCUUCACGAGGGACGGCCACCUGGCGGACUUGCUGCUGCUGCUGCUGCUGUACGGCUGGGCCAUCAUCCCCCUCAUGUACCUCAUGAGCUUCUUCUUCUCGGCUGCGUCCACGGCUUAUACCAGGCUGACCAUAUUCAACAUCCUGUCCGGCAUUGCCCCCUUCAUCAUAGUCACUGUCAUGCGCAUCCCAGCUGUAAAAUUAGAAGAACUUUCCAGAACCUUGGAUCAUGUGUUCUUGGUGCUGCCAAACCACUGCCUAGGCAUGGCGGUCAGCAGCUUCUAUGAGAACUAUGAGACUCAGCGGUACUGCACGUCCUCACGGUUCGCUGCCCGCUACUGCAAGAAGUACAACAUCCAGUACCAGGAGAACUUCUAUGCCUGGAGCACCCCAGGGGUUGGCAAGUUUGUGACCUCCAUGGCUGCCUCAGGGUGCAUCUACCUCACCCUGCUCUUUCUCAUUGAGACCAACCUGCUGUGGAGACUGAGGACCUUCAUCUGUGCCUUCCAGAGGAGAUGGACUCUGGCAGAAUUGCAGAACCGGACAUCAGUGCUUCCUGAGGACCAAGACGUAGCUGACGAGAGGAGCCGAGUCCUGGUCCCCAGCUUGGACUCCAUGCUUGACACACCGCUCAUCAUCAAUGAACUCUCCAAGGUGUAUGACCAGAGAGCACCACUCCUUGCUGUGGACAGGAUCUCCCUUGCCGUCCAGAAAGGGGAAUGCUUUGGCCUGUUGGGUUUCAAUGGAGCUGGAAAAACCACAACAUUCAAAAUGCUGACUGGGGAGGAGACCAUCACCUCAGGGGAUGCCUUUGUUGGAGGCUACAGCAUCAGUUCUGAUAUCAGCAAGGUACGGCAGCGAAUGGGCUACUGUCCCCAGUUUGAUGCACUGCUAGAUCAUAUGACUGGCAAGGAGAUGCUGGUCAUGUAUGCGCGGCUCCGAGGCAUCCCAGAGCGCCUCAUCGGUGCCUGUGUGGAGAACACUCUGCGGGGUCUGCUCCUGGAGCCACACGCCAACAAACUAGUCAAGACCUAUAGUGGUGGCAACAAGCGCAAACUGAGCACCGGCAUCGCCCUCAUUGGAGAGCCUGCGGUCAUCUUCCUGGAUGAGCCGUCCACCGGCAUGGACCCUGUGGCCCGGCGCCUACUCUGGGACACUGUGGCCCGGGCCCGUGAGUCUGGCAAGGCCAUUGUCAUCACCUCCCACAGUAUGGAGGAGUGUGAAGCCUUAUGUACCCGGCUGGCCAUCAUGGUUCAGGGCCAGUUCAAGUGCCUGGGCAGCCCACAACACCUCAAGAGCAAGUUUGGCAGCGGCUACUCCCUGCAGGCCAAAGUGCGGAGUGAAGGGAAGCACGAAGUCCUGGAGGAGUUCAAGGCGUUUGUGGAUCUGACCUUCCCAGGCAGCAUCCUAGAAGAUGAGCACCAAGACAUGGUUCAUUACCAUCUGCCUGGCUGUGACCUCAGCUGGGCCAAGGUAUUUGGUAUCCUGGAGAAAGCCAAGGAGAAGUAUGGUGUGGACGAUUACUCUCUGAGCCAGAUCUCACUGGAGCAGGUCUUUCUGAGCUUUGCCCACCUGCAGCCUCCCACCACUGAGGAUGGGCAAUGAGGAGCUCCCUGCUGCCUUCAGAGCACCGGGCAUGGAAGGCCGAGUCGGUGCCCAGCCGUGCACCCUCUCCCUCCUAGUUUCCCUUUUCUUUCACUUUAAUCACUCUUUCUAUGAUGGACAUGAAAAACAAUCAAGGUGAUAUGCACAAAAUGGAACAAGUGUGUCUGUCAGGACCUGCAGGCAGGAAUCAGCAUGCAGAUUUCCACCCCUGAGGGCAGACUCUGGAACCGCAGCCCCAGAGCCCCUUCCACAGCGCACGCAGAUAGGCAGGGCUUCCAGGUGCUGCUGCAGCGAAGCUGGGGCCUGAAAAUCUUUGCAGGGCUGUCCAGAGAGCCCCCAGGGACCUGUCCAUGUUUACAGAUGACAGUAAGCUCCCCAGGGAGGAAAAAGAAAGCCAGCAGGUCUGAGCAGCUACAAGGACUUCCAGGCUGCCAUGAAUGAGCAGAAGCAUUGCAGAUACCUUCAUGAAGGGAAGAUGUUGGGUAUGACAGGUGCUGAGACCUUGGCUCCCAGUGCAGCUGUGAGGCAUCCUUGGGUUUCGAUGACUCUUCAGGUAUGGAUACUGCACCAGGCUGAGCUGGUCCUGAGCCAGAUGUCAUCCCACAAAGCAUCUGUAGCACAAGAGAUGUGGCCAGACUUGAAGCACAGUCCUCUGUUCCCAGCUCUGUGCCUUCAGGAAGCUACCAGCCACAGGUCAGGGACCACUACAGGGCUGAUCGGUGUCACCUCUUGAGGAUACAUUUAAACAUUGUGAUUCUAUAAGGAAAUAAAGGCUAAGGGGACAUCA